AGGCAUAUACGUCACUUCCGUGGAGCUGUCCUGACUCCUGACCGUUGGGAGGAAAGAGGAACGCUGAGCAAUAACAGCCACGACGGUGGACGUGAGCGUCUUCUCUCUGCGCAUGCCCCCGUAGAGCGGCCUGCUUCUAUUUAUGUGGGGGAUCCAACAUGGCUGCCGCAGCGACCCGAGCGAUGGCGGUAGAGCCGUUCAGAACAUAGUGGGGGGGAAAGGGGAAAGAGUUCCUUUUGGGGGACGGCGGCGCUGGUGGCGGCGGCUGUGGCUGGUGCAGAGGAAGGAAGCAACGAAGGUAGGAAAGAAGGGCAGGCAGCGAGCCGGAGAGGCGCGCAGCGGGUCGGCCGACUGGGGAGGGCCGGAGCCGUGAGGGGAGACAGUGAGGAUGGCGGAGCCGCGCAGGGUGCCGUUCAUUAGCCUGUCACCCGUGAGGCGGCGCGAGCUCGACUUCCCGGGGCCGGAGCGUGAGUCCGAUUAUCCGCGGGAGCCCCCGCGCCUCGAGCCGCAGCCUUAUCGCGAAUCGUCCGGGUCGGAGCCGCCGGUGCCUCGAGACGCCCACCCUCGGUCGGAACCUCCGCGACCGCAGCAGGAGAAGCCGCCCGCCCCGCCGCGCGACGGCAGCCGGGCUGAGCAGCCGCCUCUGCCCCGCGAGCCCCCUCGGCCCGAGCCACCGCCGCUGCCGCCCCCCCAACUGCACCUCGCGCCGCCGCCGCCGCCGCCCCCAGCCAGGGAAGCGGCCGUUCGGGCCGAGCCGCCGCGGCCUCUGGGGGAGACGGUGCGCCUGGAGCUGGUGCUGAAGGAUCCCACUGACGAAAGCUGCGUGGAGUUCAGUUAUCCGGAGCUGCUGCUGUGCGGAGAACAACGGAAGAAGCCCAAUCACUCAGAAGAUCUGUUUAAUGAUGAGCAUCGAGAGAGGCAUGAGGUAGAAAUGUUGGCUAAGAAGUUGGAAGCAAAAUAUGGUGUGAAAUCUAAACACCGGAAAGAUCGGCCACAAGAUCUAAUUGAUAUAGGUUUUGGCUAUGAUGAGACAGAUCCAUUCAUUGAUAACUCAGAGGCUUAUGAUGAAUUGGUGCCUGCUUCUCUGACCACAAAAUAUGGAGGAUUUUAUGUCAAUACGGGUACACUACAGUUUCGCCAAGCAUCAGACACUGAAGAUGAAGAUUUUUCAGAGAAUCAAAAGCACAGGUCACCUAAAAUUUCCAAAGUAAAAGAAGAUGAUGUUGGAAUAAAAAAGCGAAAGCGUAAGGAAGAAGGGGAAAAAGAGAAGAAGCCUAGGAAAAAAGUUCCCAAACAACUGGGAGUUGUGGCUUUAAAUUCACAUAAGUCUGAAAAAAAGAAGAAGAAGCUCUACAAAGAUCCUCUUUCUCUAGAUGCCAUGAUAAGGAAAUUUCAGAAAGAGAAAGAAGCAUUAAAAAAGAAAGAGUCUAACUCCAAAGCUCCAGUGACUAUGUUGACUCCCACUCUCAAUAAAUCCCCUUCAUCUGCAGCUACAGCAAUGGGAAAUGAAGUGUCGGACAUAAAUCUUAAUAGUGCUGACCCAGUCCUUUCCAUUUUUGGUAGCACAAAUGAACACGAAUUACUUCAGGAGGCUGAAAAUGCCCUAGAGAUGCUUGGUGAUUUAGACUUUGACCGGCUACUGGAUGCUACUUCCAAUGGUAGCCCAGUGUCUGAAUCAGGGGGAGAAAAUGGAAACACUCCUCAGUCAGCCCACACCUCUCAGGUUCUUUUACCCAAGGUGGUGCCUGCUCUCCCAGAAGGUCUGCCAGGACGUCUUGAAAAACGCAUUGAAGACCUCCGCAUAGCUGCCAAGCUUUUUGAUGAAGAAGGUAGGAAAAAAUUCUUCACACAGGAUAUGAACAACAUUCUACUGGACAUUGAAUUACAGUUACAGGAACAAAGCCCAGGCAUCCGAAGUGGAGUCUAUUCUCACCUUGAGGCUUUUGUACCAUGUAAUAAAGACACACUGGUAAAACGUCUAAAGAAGCUGCAUCUCAAUGUUCAGGAUGAUCGUUUAAGAGAACCAUUGCAAAAACUGAAAUUGGCUGUCAGCAAUGUCAUGCCUGAACAGUUGUUCAAGUAUCAGGAGGACUGCCAGGCUCGAAGUCAAGCUAAGAGUGUUAGGUCACAAGCAGAUGAAGAACGAGAAAAAAAUGGAUCCGAGGAUGAUGAUGAUGAUAAACCAGGAAAACGGGUCAUAGGACCAAGAAAAAAAUUCCACUGGGAUGAUACCAUUAGGGCUUUGUUAUGUAACCUUGUCAAGAUUAAGUUGGGAUGCUAUGAGCUAGAGACAAAUAAAAGCCAAUCUGCUGAGGAUUAUCUUAAGACCUUUAUGGAGACAGAAGUGAAACCAUUGUGGCCUAAGGGCUGGAUGCAGGCUAGAAUGCUCUUUAAGGAAAGCCGAAGUGUUCACAAUCAUCUCACUUCUGCUCCGGCAAAGAAAAAGGUAAUUCUGGCACCUAAACCCAAAGUGAAGGACUGCAGUCCAAAAAAGGACCAGAAAAUACCUACGUCUUUAUUGUCUUCAGUUGGUGGUCCAUCAGUGAGCUCUGUUCCAUCUGCUGUUGUCCCAACCAGCUCCAGCAGUACACCAGCCCAGGAAACUAUUUGCCUUGAUGAUUCACUAGAUGAAGACCUUUCUUUUCAUCCACCUUCGCUGGAUUCUGUUUCUGAGGCAUUAGCUGUUAUCAAUAAUGGGACCAAGGGCCCUCCAGUUGGCUCUGGAAUAGGCAUACCAACUACAAGACCUCGACCAGGACUUCGGGAAGAAAAAUUAGCAAGUAUCAUGAGCAAGCUGCCACUGGCUACUCCAAAAAAAAUAGAGUCAGCUCAGACUGCACAUUCAUCAAGUCUUAUUGCUGGUCAUACAGGACCAGUACCAAAGAAACCCCAGGACUUAGCUCACACUGGCAUCUCUUCAGGCCUUAUUGCUGGUUCCUCAAUUCAGAACCCUAAAGUUUCCUUAGAACCUUUGCCAGCCAGGCUUCUUCAGCAAGGACUCCAACGGUCAAGCCAAAUCCAAGCAUCUUCCUCUUCACAGGCCCAUGCCUCUUCCUCCUCCCAAGCCCAAGCUGCUGCCUCCUCUCAUGUUUUGGUGACUUCUUCAGAGGCCCCAGAAUCUUCCUCAGUAACACAAGUGACUAAGGUGCACCAGCAUUCAGCUGUCCAACAAAACUAUGUGUCCCCAUUACAAGCCACUAUUAGUAAAUCACAGACUAACCCCGUGGUGAAAUUAAGUAGUAACCCCCAACUUUCUUGUUCAUCCCCACUUAUCAAGACUUCAGAUAAACCACUUGUAUACCGCCUUCCUUUAUCUAACCCCUCAUCUGGAAGUGGCUCUCAAGGGACCCAUCCACUGGUCUCUCGGACGGCACCUAGCACCUCUACCUCUAGUAACUAUUUAGCCAAGGCCAUGGUGUCACAAGUUUCCACCCAGGGUUUCAAGUCUCCUUUUUCUAUGGCUGCAUCCCCUAAACCUGCUGCAUCCCCUAAACCUGCUGCAUCUCCUAAGCCUGUAACGUCACCCAAACCCUCUGCCUCACCCAAGCCCUCUGCCUCACCUAAGCCUUCUGCCUCACCUAAGCCCUCUGCUUCACCCAAACCUCCUGCUUCACCUAAACCCUCGAUAUCAACUAAACCUUCUGUGUCAACUAAACUUAUCAUAUCUAAAUCCAAUCCAACUUCCAAACCUGCCGUAUCCCCCAGUUCUUCUAAUUCAAGUGCACUAGUAGCCCAGAGUAGCCACUCUACCAGUAACAAUCCAAUCCAUAAACAGCCCAGUGGAGUAAAUAUCAGCAGACAGUCUCCUACCUUGAAUUUACUGCCCUCUAGUCGCACUUCAGGCCUUCAGUCUGCAAAAAAUCUUCAGGCCUCUUCAAAGUUAGCUAACCCAGCAUCCACUGGAACUGUUGGAAAGAAUAGCUUGAGUGGAAUUGUAAUGAAUGUACCUGCCAGCAGAGGUGGCAAUAUUAACUCAAGCGGAGCUAAUAGGACUAGUCUGUCUGGGGGGACCGGAAGUGGAACACAGGGUGCUACUAAACAAUUGUCUGCUCCACAUAGACCAUCCACUGCCUCAGGGUCUUCAGUUGUAACAGCCAGUGUGCAGUCCACAGCAGGUGCAUCCUUAUUGGCUAAUGCCUCGCCUCUCACUCUCAUGACAUCACCACUGUCUGUAACAAAUCAAAAUGUGGCUCCUUUUGGGAUGCUGGGGGGCCUGGUUCCUGUCACCAUGCCCUUUCAGUUUCCUUUGGAGCUGCUUAGCUUUGGAACUGACACAGCUGGAGUGACAACCACCUCGGGAUCUACCUCAGCCGCUUUCCACCAUAGCCUAACUCAGAAUAUGCUGAAGGGUUUACAGCCAGGAGCUCAGCAUGCAACAUCACUUUCUCACUCACCUCUGCCUGGUCACCUACAGCAAGCUUACAAUGAUGGAGGCCAAAGUAAAGGGGACACUAAAUUACAACGGAAAACUCAGUGACUUCCCAGCUAGCAAAGGAGUUGAAACAUUUGAUUGGCUGAUGGGAUCUACCUGAUGGGAAAGUACUUAUGUGGUCACAGGGCUGCUGUUUCUGUCAAUGUUUACAUUCUCUCGUCCAGAGCACUGUGGUGAGGAGGAAAAGGAACGGAAAAACAAUACUUGAUCAAAGCCAGGUGCAGGAGGAAGAAGGGCUUUUGUGCAGACUUAGAGACCUUGUUCUCUUCUACAGAAAGACAAAGUUACAAUGCUAACUGGCUUUAACGUGAUUCAGUUGUCAAACCCACAGAAGUACAAACUUGAUUUUCCCCAGGGGAGGAAGAAGGAAUUUGAACAGAUUUGGGUGAAUUUCAUCCAUCCUGGGGUUGGGGCUUGACCACUCUGGGUGCAGAUAUAAUUUCAUAAUAAGAGAAAAUAUUUUAGUACAAUAUAUCUGAAAUUAGACCAGCUUAUCAGGAGUAAUGAUCAUGUCUGCUUGAGUGGCCUAUGCAGCAAAGAAUAAAUUUGCCACAGAGAACCCAUUAACAUGUCCAGUGUCUGAUACAGAUAGUAGAUGAAUACUAUAUCCUCAAAAAUCCUGAUCAAACUUGAACCUUCUUUACUGAUGCAGGAUCUCCAGCAUGUAGCAAUCCCUCCAUGUAGAACAGUAUACAAGGUGGACUGAGGUUGCUGCAGGAAAGAGGAAUAAUAAUAAUCCCUCUCCAGAACCUUAUUUUAGCACAGUUGAUAUGUAGUAUUAAAUCAUCUAGAUUUUUUAAAGAUGAUAAGAAAAUGGAGUCUCUUUUGCUCUUAUCAGAUCAAAUGUAAAGAUGUAAAAUCCCCUUUUAUCAAAGGGUCACUUUCCCCGUAGACACAGGUACUUAAUGAAUUUUGGCUGGUAUUUUAUUUGUCUGCUAUUAAUUGGUCAAUUCUUAAUUUCCACUCUUUUUAAAUAUAGUUACUGAUAUAUUUUUCUCUUCUGAAAGUUGGGAAACCCUCAGGGACAGUGUUCCUGCUGUGGUGGUCUCAGUCCUUGCUACUCUAAUAAUAUGAUUCUCUUUAACCUAAAUUCACAUUAGUUAACAGAAUUCUUUUUUCAUUUCGAUAGUGGUACUUCAGAUUAACUUUUGAUUUAGACAGUAAUCAGUGUAUAUAAUUGUUCUUUGGCAGCCAUUUUGUGUGAGUCAUAUUUUGAGUGUUUUAGGUCAGCAUUAAAAAAUUCAUGGUUCCUAAGAGAACAAUGGGGCUAGUAUCAUUAUGUAUAGUAAGGAAUUUUUGUGAAGAUUUUCACAGCCCAUCUCUUCUGCCUAAAUCCUAAAUGCCUAAAGUUUAUUGCCAUUGAUUAGAAGCAGUUAAGAUCCUAAAGCCUCAUUAGCUAGAAGUUCUAACAAGAGUCAAUCGGAAGGUUUGAGAAUCCUCCACUGGGCCUGUUUCCAUAUGCAACACACCACCAGUGGCACAGGAUUUUGAGUGGGCAUGUGGAGGAAAUAUGUGAUUUGUUUGGCUUGAUUUGACUUUGGUUUUUGGUUUGAGCUUUAAAAAACAAACAACAUUGUUCUGUUUUCUUUGCUUGAAGUUUAGCUUUCUUUAAAGCCAUGUUUUUCAUAUUUUCAGCUGUGCUCAGAAGUAAAGGCUUUUCUAUACAAUCCACUUGUAUAAUAAAUUACAGACUAAGCUAAAAUAAAAUCAUUCAGCAUUAGAACACUGACAAAAAGAUUUCCUACUAGUUAUUCAUAGGAAAUCAUAUCACAUAGUUAAUUUAGGUUUGUGAGGGUACAUAUGCUGACCCAGACCCUGAUUUACCUUUAUAUAAAAAGUUCCUUGUAGCUUGAAAAACUAUUAAAUUACCACAUUUGAAUCUGGAUUUUUUUUAAAAGUCAUGCUGACUUUACAUUGUGACAAAAGAACAUCUUUUUAAACAAGUAACUGAAUAUUUGGGUUUUAAAAGCUUGAUCACAGUCUAGGGAAAAGGUUAAUUCAAACUGGCUCAUUGAUAAAGUCUUUGAUUUGCUUCUGUAACCUAAGAAUUUAGGUUACCAUGAUGCAAAUGUGAGUGUUUUGUCAACCCUACUAGGCAUUUUGGAAGAAGUUGCUGAGAGGAACUCCAGGGCUAGAUUAACAUGAUUUUAUUUUAAGUUUUGGUUAAAUUUUUUUAGAGAUAUUUUUCCACUAUGUCUUUCAUUUUAGUGUUGUCAGCAUUUUGCUCACAUUCACUAAACUUAGUGGAAAAUAUGAAAUCAGUUUGAAGAAUUUCUCUAUUUGUAUCUAUUUGAAUAAAAGUUGUAAGAUUUUUGUUUUAAGGCUAGCUGUGAUGAAGGUUAGGGCUUUCAGAUUGUUACUAAGCUUGCUAUUUCUCUUAAUUGUGCCAUGAUCUACUAAAAUCCAUCACUUCAAAUUUCAUAGUAGAAACACUGUAAUACUUCUUGAAUUAACUAGUGUUAAAUCAUGCCAUAUUGAUUUCUUUGAUGACUUUCCUGUGUCUGCCUGACAAUAGGAUUAUGAUUUUUCCUGAUGUUAUUUCAUACCCACUAAUAGAAGUAUCUGAAGAGUCCUUAUUUUUAAGGGUUCAGAAACAUUCAAGAUUCAUUGUAUUCAGUCUUUAAUCUCUCUAGGAUUCUUCUCAGAUCUUUGAUUUUUUUUUUUAAAUCAUAACUAACCUCACCAUACUCUGUUCUAUUUCCCCACCUCUUUUAAUAUUGUACAAGAUGAGUCAAAAGGCCAGUGCACACCUAGAUAUAUAUAAUUAGACAUUUCUGCCCAGAGAUAAAUACAUUUUUAUAUUUAGAUUAUAAUAUUGGGAACUACCCCCAUAUUCUUGACAAUGUACAUUUGUACACUGUGUCAUACUUGAAAAGAUGUUCAGUUCAUUUGACUGUUUUCAGCACAGGUGCAUAGGGACUUGUGGAUCAGACUGUACUUUUGUACUUGAGCAAGGAUCAAAUUUUGUGAUUUUUAAAUAUGUUAAAUUAUUGGAAAGGACAUGAGUAGAUUCCACAUUUCAUCGAAAAGAAGAGUGUUUUUCUGUAAGAGUAAAAGCAACGCCCCAAUCAAAAGGAGAGUUAGCACAUUUAACUGAAUCCCACUCAGUAGGGUUCUUGUUUCAGGAAGACUAAACUGCUUACUUUGAACUGUCUUAUAUUUUUUUAAUGGCCUUCAAUGAUAUAUAAGCUGUUAUUGUACAUAAAAAGAAAUCCUCAGUAUUCACAAGCAAUAAUAGCCAGUACAGCUGUCUCUUGACAGAGCAGCACUGAGCUUAGAUUGGGGACUGUAUGGGAGCAAAGUGUCAAGCUCACUCAGAGCCUCCAAAAUAAAUGCAAGCAAUAAUGUCAAAGAUAACCCUAUAAUAAUGCCUUCUCAUGUACUUGAGAGAUCCAGAGAAAAUAAAUUAAGUUGUCUUUUUGUUUUGUUUUAUUUUUUUCAAAACAACCUGGAGAAAAGAAGCCAGGUUAAUCUUGAACUAUAGAAUUCCUUUCUCAGGAUCAGGAAGUCAGAUGAUCAUGUUUAUAUACUCUUCCAUGUCUACCACCCCUGUGAUGGAUGUUAGUAGCCCAAAUUGCUGGGUUGAUUGGUUGGUUUGUUUUAAUGAGGGAAGUUGGAUGGGGUUUAUUCUAUCAUCAAGUAAAGGGAGAAACAGAAACAGUAGUAUGAAUGCUGUGGGUUUGACAUCUGUUUAGUAAAAAUCUAUCAGAAGUGACUUUUAACCCAGGAUCUUUUUCCCCCCAAAGCAGAUCUAAGUUGUUUACUACCCAGGGUUUAGGAAGAGCAGAUAUCUUUAGUUUCUUUCCUAUACCCAUUACCAUAUCCCCCUGGACCUCCACUUGGUACACUUUCAGAAAGUUAAAAUAGAGAUAUCCUAUAAUUGUCUCAGACUGCCAUUUAUAAAAGAACUGUAUAUUCCUGGGGAUCAUCUUUUAGGACUCCAACUGUCUAUCACAUUUGCUGCUACAUUUGUAAAAUGAACUUUUGACUGUAUUAGCAAACUUUAAUCUAGUUUACAGUUCUUUAUUUGGAAGAGGGGAUCAUAGUAGAAUUUUGCUCAUGGAUAGAAAUGAGAUGUCUUAUUUUGAAAGUAUACCAUGAAAGCACAGUGGUCCCUCUAUUCUGUUUCUGAUUGUUUGGAUUUUGAACUUAUUUUAAAAGAUGGAAAUAGAAGAAUAAGUAAAAUAUGUAAUCAAACCAAGCUUGAGAAAUCUCCCUAUGCUUCAGCUCCCUAAUUUCUGCUGAACUGAAGUAGGGACACAAUCUCAAGGGUUGUUUUUUGUUGUUGUUGUUGUUAUUCCUGUUUGUUUUUUAAUAAUGAAGCAGAAGACAAAUGCAGUAGGUAAAUGACUAAUUAAUAUUAUGCAAUUUUUAUUUUAUAAAAAAUUUAAGAAGGAAAAAAGUAAAAUGUUGCUGAAUUUUAAUCAGUCUCCACACUUGCAAAAUGCUUAUUAUUGUCCCCCUCUAAAAUAUGCUCUGUUCAGGCCUUUGUCCUUUGUUAAGUGCCUUUUUUUUCUUUUUUUUCUUUUUUCCCUUUUGAAACUGUUCUCAGAGAUCCUAAAAAAUGCAGGCUGAAUAGUCAGGGAUUUGGAAAGAAAAUCUUAAACUUGCCAAGGUGACGUUAUGCUGAAAUACUCUUCCUUUUCCUAAUAUAUAUAUAUGGCUAUGGGUGUUUAAGGUGUGUGUAUGCAUAUGCACAUGCACAUGCACAUGCAUAUACAUAUUAUAAAAACUGGGAGCUGCUGUACCAUUGUAUCCUUUCUGAACACUCUCCUCCAACAUUCUUGCUUUUAGGAAAUGGGUAAUUGGGAAUUGUGUUUCCAAAUGGUCGUAGCUACUGCUUUGUGUUUAUGCUUGUGAAUAUAUAAUAGGAAAAGAACAUUCAGAAGUCUAUUUCUGAUGAUUACAUGUAGAUUCUUGUCACAAAUGGAAUGAAAACAAUAUACUCUCCACCACUAGAUAUAUUGAGUUAUUUAGGCACUUCAGACUUUGCUAUGAGCAAUGUCUAGUUGUUGAAGUAUUGGAACAACCAGGGUAUGUUAUAAGUUAAGGUGAUUGGAUACAUUUGAGCAUGGGGUAAAGCAAAACUAAAAUAAAAAUUAGAUUUGGGAUUUGACACCGAAACAGUCUCUGAGGGAAGUGAGUAUUUUUGUAAACACUAAGGAAAGAAACACCAUAUAACACCUAAAUUUUCUCCCGAAAAAUGGUGGUUUUUUAAAAAAAAAAUCCAUGUAGCUACAUAUGUUUUAAAAAAUAAUAAAAUUACAACUAGAGAAGGUUCAGAUGCUCAAGACUGCAGUCACAAAAAAGAACCCUGCAGUAUGCUUAGACUUUUUAGGUCUUUUUGGGGAGGGAGGAGGAGGCAGUCAUUAUGUUGCUCUUGAUUCAGGACUAUGUAGAGUUAUCCUUUGAUUCAAGAAGCACAUAUGUCCCUAUAUCUAAAUUCUCCUUUGUAACGAUUAAAAACAAAGUAUAGCUUGUUUUUCAUAAAGGAAUUCAUUAUUUUGGGUUGAGAGUUUGAGGUGAAUUAAUUUGUGAAUCCAAUUGUUUCCUUCUCUAAUGUAGUCAUUAAAUUCCCUUUAAAAAUUUUUAACUUGAAGAAAAGCCUAAGGGUGAGGAGAGGAAGAAAGGAGCAGUCCCUCGUAGCAUUAUAUAGUUAGAACAGAUUUCAGGUCUUCUGGGUUCAGUCAUAAGCAUUGCCAUUGGUUUAUUGUGUUUAGGGGAAAAUCAUUUAACCUUCGUGCCUCAGAUUACCCAUCAGAAAAUUGGGUAUAAUAAUCUUCACCUACCUCCCAGGGAUAUCAUGAAACUUUACUAUUUCAAAAGAAUUUUUAGUUUCUCUAAAAUUCCUACAUAAGUGCAAAGUAUUCUUACUGUUUUCUUGUAAAGGCUGAAUAACUGUUCCCCCAUAAUGGGUCUAAAAGUACCAUAACAUUUUUAACAUUUUGAAAAAUCAAUGAAAGUCUAAUCUAGACACUGAUUUGAUAUUUUAAUACACUCUCUUUAUUCCUGGUGAGAAAAAUAUUUAUGUUUGAACUGGAAAUACAUUUACUGAUUGCACAAUAAGUGUAUCAUGUAUCUGAAUAGAGUUGUGUUUUUGUAAAGUGUGGAAGUAGAUUUGAAUUUGGGAAACCCCAAAUUAGUUUUUAAAUUAUUACAUAAUUUGAUUAUUUUCUAAAGAUUAAAAAAAUAGAAUGUACAACAGUGACACUGUACUCUACUGCUUCCUGUAACUGAAUUGUCAUUAUCACAAGUUAACAUUGCCAUUGACUAGAUGGCUAUGGCUACUGGGCUGAGACAUGGCAAAUGAAUUAAAAGCCUGUAAUUGGUUGGCUUUAGGGGUAAAUAAUAAUCUUGAAAGGUGGCUAUUUUCUUCCUCUAGAGCUAAUUUUGUCAGACCAAACUACUUUUUUUUUAGAGAUUGGCAGGAUUUUGGAUUUAAAGAUGAGAAGAAUUUGGGAGACAAUUUAGAAUGGAUUUUUCUAGGAAUGAACAUAAUUGAGUCUUAGUUCUUCUACACAUGCAUCAGACAUCAGAGUCACCUGUAACAAUUUUAUUUGGGUGAGUAGAAUGCUUGGCCAGCCUUGUACUGAAGGGGCAAACACUUUGUUCUUGUAUUUUUGUCAUGUGCAUAAGCAGCUCUAUACACUCCCAUUUCCAUUGGUGACAAAGUUCUGCUUCUCUGUUCUCAGAAAAGCCCAAGAAUGUGUUUCAUUGGCUAUAUGGGACACAGGGAUAUGGGAAAGGUAGAAGAGGUAUUAUUCUCUGUCAUGAGAGGGAAUGUAUGUUUUUCCCAGCUCACAAGAGAAAAUCAAAUCAUGUUUUUCUUUUUUCCUCAUCCCUAUUUGUCAAGUAGCAAAUAUGUUUCUAACCAUCAUAAAAAUCCAAUAGGAAGUAUGAAUUUGAGGAACAGUAAAAAUGCUGAAUAAUUGCCAUUAGGGCAAGUAUGUAGAUUUCAGACUGUAGCACAUGAUCAGGAUCAGUAUCAGUCAAGAGAAGUAAGGAGAGGAAUAUAGACUGUCUAGCCAAAAUAAAUCAGGAGACAGAGCACCCAGGCCCAAGUCAAGCAAAGCAUCUGGUUUAGCUUGCAAAGUUUUCCAAGGACCAAUUAGUUUGUUUCUAGCGAUUAAAAACUGAUCUUUUUUGGUUGCUGUAUUAUUGGUUUUUUUCCAGAUAAAGCCUUAGUUGUCACUAAUAUCAACUAUGCAGAUAAGUGUAUUCUUUGUUUCCCAGUAUCAUAUCAUUUUUUUUCUCUUUACCCAUUUCUCAAAUAACAUGUUAGACUUCUACCCAAAGAAUUAAGGCAAAAGGUUUUGUUGAAUGUGUGUUCUUCAAGGAAAGAGAGAAAUUCUGUUUGUUUAACCUUGAAAUGUGAACUUUAUAUUAAAAACCAAAAUGCAAACCCUUUCACCGGUGCCAGACUGUAGUUAAUAUCACAAAAUGGCUUUGGGUUGUUGAACUAAAAUUUUUUCAGUGGGAUGUUUAUUACUGAGAGUGUUUCAAAUAAUAAGGCGUACAAAUUUUUGCAGAACUGAAUCAAAAAGCCAGAGUUUUGUUUCUGUAUAACUGAUUUGGAAAUAGCUUUGGAAACUGAAUCCAUAAUUCUUACCUUCCUAUUCUCCCAUCAAUCCACAUUUUCACAUUUUCUAAUCUUUGUUGUUGUGCUUAAAUAGUCCAUCAAUCAAUUCAACUGGCACAUUUGUCUCUCCAGAAUGAAAUUUUAGCAAACUACUCUCUUCCCAUUCAAUUCCAAAGCAAAGACUAGGGUCCAAAAUAUAAUCCAAUCCAAUCAUAUCUUAGUUGAGGAACUUGUAAACAUUCUUUGUACCCUUGCUAGAGUACCAUAUUGGGAGACCAGAACUAUUUUUCUUAAAAGUUUUUAAAAAGCUAUUUCAGUGAUUCAGACCAUAUUCAUAUUUCCUAAAAUAAAAUCACAUUCUCUCACAUCCUGAAAUACUAGCUGUUCAAAAGUAAAUUUUAGUGAUAGAAAUAUCUACCUUUGUUUUAUCUCGUGUCCUACUGCUUUUACUUCCACUUUCAAUGGAUUUCCAUUUCAUAGUAUAUCAGAACUUCUGGUGCUUUUCCAAGCUGUUAGCCAAACAUGUAUGCCUGUUGAGAAGAGAGAUGUAAUUAUGUAGGUAUCUGUGUCCAGGAUUUAAAGUGGUUUACUUGGUUUCAGUGGGUGACUAAAACUUUUUUCGUUUCUAUUACUACGAAGCAGGUUUCUCAACUGUGAUAAAGUACUAAUAAUGACAGCUUCUAUCCCAGAGAAAGCAAUUGGCAGGAUUGUUCUUUUCUCAGAAGCAGAGGUGCAGUUUUUUUAUGGGGGCUCUUAUUGCUCUUUCCUGCCUCAUUCACAUCCACUACUAUUUAGAAAUGGGUAGAAUUGUUCAAGUCUCUGUUUUUAGAGAUCUGGUUCCAACAGGCCUGUUGAGCCCUUUAUUGCUGGCUGUAUUGAUUUUUCCUUCGUUCUCACACACUCCCAUAUUACCUAACAAGAAUGGUGACUUCAGUGUUGAAUUGUACUGUUUUUAGUUAGCUUUUUUACAAGUUAUUCUAAUUCUGUUUUAAUUUUUUUUUUACAAGUGGACUAAUGAAAACCUAAUGAAAGGAAAAAUAAGGUACCAUUACCCCAGGGUAGGUUGAAAAUAAUUAUCUUUUUAAAGCCUGUAGAUUUAUUAGACUGUUAACAUCUUCUUCAAACCAUGUUUUGAAGUCUGCAAGCAACAAAGGUAAGCAGACUGGCCACAUCUUUACUAUAUGGCAUCUCCACCACUUGCCCAAUCUACUACAUUUCAACUUUCACCUUCAACCUAUCCCUACAACUAGAGUUGUUCAAUUCUGUUUUAAUUCUCUUGGUUUUGCCUUAGAUAAUUUUCUAGAACAUUAAUAACUCCUUCAGUACAAACUAGAAAUGACAUUGGUAGGUGGGAACUGCUCAACAAUUACUGUUUCAUAUAAUUGACUAGCUGGAAAUUUGACCACUAGCUUUUUGAUACAUUGGGGGGGGGGGGAGGAGCAAUGAGGGUUAAGUGACUUGCCCAAGGUCACACAGCUAGUAGGUGUCAAGUGUCUGAGGCCGGAUUUGAACUCAGGUCCUCCUGAAUCCAGGGCCAGUGCUUUAUCCACUGCGCCACCUAGCUGCCCCCUUAAUACAUUAUUUUUAAUCCUGGAUAUACCUACAUAAUUUCAUAUACCUCAGCAAAAGAAUCUUUGCAACAGUAGAGCUAACAAACUUUCAAAAUUAGGGAAUGUAACUCAUGUCCUCUCCCCACUAGCCACCUUCCCAGUGAAAGGGUUUAAACUGCAGUAUGCUUUGUUUACCACCACUUUUCCAUUUUUCAAAAUUUAACUGUAUAGUCUAUCAAAAGUAGCAAAUUACUCUCCCAACAAAUAAGAAUGUGCAAAGCUGGAGGGCUUUCCCAGGGGGUUUUGUCUGCUUAUAGUUGUCAAGUUUAGCUGAAAGGCUGAGGAAAGGAGAUUGGUUGGUGAACAGUUAUUUUGCCCAGCUUACAAAUGUUUCUUAAAGCCUUCCUUAGGAUCUAAAACAGACUACUAACCCCCCCCCCUACACACACACACCCCACACGCUUUUUUUUUUAAUAGCAAAGAUAAUACACAUGUGUAAAAAUUGUUUUGGGACUAGAGAUCUAUAUAUUGCAAUUGUUUUGAAGUAAUUAUCCUACUCAGCUUUUUAUUCAGCUUCAGCUAAUACCCCUACCCCCUCAGGCAUGAAUAUUGAUGUGGGGAAGAAGCCUUUGUUUAGUAAUAGAAAAGUAGGAUGUCACUUCACUUGCCUCCAAUAUACAUAUUCCUCUUUCUCCAGCCACCUCCACACUUCGUAUAUGAUACCAGCAUGCUUCAAAACCAACCUUGAAGGAAGGGGCCUGAAUAAUCUAUUUCAGCUGCUCUUGUUGAUAGGCACUAAUUACUAUAUUGUGUUUGUUUUUUAGGGAGAUGCUUUUGCUAACUUGAAGGGAUACUGUAAUUCUAAACAAGUGUGUGACUUAAUAUUUGGGGUUUUUUUUCUCUCCUUUAAAAACUGGACCUGAACACAAGCUUUGAGUUGAUUUUUGUAAUAAUCUCAGGACCUGAAAGAUUGUAGCAUUUAGUGUGUCUUAAAAAUUAUGUACUGUACCAGCCAUGGAUUUUUGUAAAUACACCCGUCUCCCUUUUUUGUAUUAUUUUAGUAAAAAAAAAAAAAAUUUAAAUAAAGGGGGGUGGUGGUGAUUUGUGUAUUUGUAUGGGGGUAUGUGUGUGGGGGGUGUGUGUAUAAGGCUCUUUUCAAGACAACCUGGUGCUUGCUUAAUUUCCAGCUCUUGGUAGAGUGGGAAUAUGAUCAAACUGCUGCUACUAAAACCCUGCACUGAGCAUAGGUAUUUCCAUUUUAUCCCUUCUAAUAGUUGAUUGGAUACUAGCUACCACAUUACUACUAGGAAGUUAAACCUCCUCUUCCCACUACCCCCUGCCACCUGCAUUCUUAGUUGUGCAGGAUAGAACCUAACCCUUGGGAAGCUGAAUAUUAAAGAGCUACUCUAAUGGAGGAUUCUUCUGGGCUCACAAAAUAGUCAUAUGGACUGUUCUUCAUUUUCCAAGAUCUACUUUUAAGAACUCUUCUUUUCAGAGUUCUAUAAGAAGUGCUUAAAGCAGUUUUAUUUUACAAAACAUCUUAGUCAUCCCAUAGCAUUCUAGUAUCUUUUAGUGGGGCAAGAGGGCUUGAACAUUCCUAAAUACAAAUCUGUGAAAGUAGUAAAUUAACUCUAUGGAUAUGCCUCAAACAGUGCAGGGAUUUUUUUUUUUUUUAUUUUAUUUUUUGGCAACAGCCUUGCUCAUAUUCCAGACAUAGCUAGCAGCCCCCUGUUUUAAAACAGGAGCCUUAUUUGAUUCAGUUGUAGAUGUUUCCUGUCCUUCCUUUGUGGCAGGGCCCUUUUACAUGAGUGUUCCUUUUUUUUUUUCUUUUAUAUGUGUCAUGUGUCUGUGUUGUAUUAAAUAAAAAGGAAUGUACAUAUUAUUCCUGUCUGUUGUGCUCUUAUUGAUUUGGGGCAACACUGCAUAGUGAAUAGUCAGGAGAACUAGAUUCAAAUGCUACCUAAAAUAUUUAAGAGCAAAUCUCUUAAAAUGUG